UUGGAUCUAGCUCCUAUAAAAACGUCUCCUUUCAAGUAUGCUCCAUUUGGAGAGACAACAAAUGAGGUUCAUUGUGGUGAUCAGAUUGAUGUACCUACUUGUGAAGAAUUGGAAGUUUUGGAGUUUACUUCAAAGCCCCCACCAAGCACUUGUUGUAAUUCAAACCAUAUAUUGGAAACCGGGUGCAUUAGUCACGUAUUACCACAGAUACCUACAGGUGAAUUCAUUCUAGAUUCAGAGACUGGUAUUCUCAAACUCGUAGAUGUUAGAGAAAUUGUCGACUCGAACAAUUGCUACUUGGAUGAAGUCAGUGGUCUAUUUUUACCGAACGAACCAUCUGAGGUACCUGAAAAUUUCGAUAUUGACGAAAGUAGCGGCUCCGAGACUUCGACUUCCGAUACUGAAAAUGUUUCUAAAAAUCGAAAUAAAAAUAAGAUACAAAGGGUUCUAGGUCAAAAAUACAACAGCCGUAAAAGAAAAUGCAUUGCUGAUGACAGCAGUAAAUCCAAGUGUCAAGACAACACGAAACCAAAAGCUAGCAAAAGGGUCUUCUACAUGGUAUUAGAAUCAGAAAAGGUUUCCAUCUUUAAACCUCGGAAAGACCAGUGCAAUGUGUGUGUUUCCUACAAAGAACGACAUACAUCCGAAGAAGAGUACAAACUUCACAUGCUGAAAAAGAAUGAAGCUAUGAUUGCUAAAUCAGACGCUCUAAGCUUGACGGUCUUUUCAGAUGUAUUGGUUAUUACUAUGGAUGUACAAGCGUCCUACUGUGUCCAAAAAUAUAAAAAGGUUUGCAAUUAUGAUUUUAUCAGGCCGGGAAAAAAAGCUGGAGACCCUACCGUGAAUGACAUUAGAGCUUUGCAUUACACAGAUGGUGAAAUAUAUUAUAAACUACGUCAGCCAGAUGACUGGCAGAAACUUUCUCAGCGUGUGCGAGUAAACAGUAAUAGCUUGAAAUCUCUGUAUACUGAAGCUCGGAAAAUCGAAGAUAAGAUGGACAAAGCUACUGGUUCAGGUUUGAAUCGGGAAAAGAUAUCAAAGAAUAUAACUGCAGUCGAAUCAAAUGAAAAGCCAAGCAGCACAACUAUAGAAGACACAGUUGCCGAGCUAGCAGAUACAGUUUUCGAAGCCGUAGCUUCUAGAACACAAAUUUCGGAAACGGCCACUGCUCUUGAAAGCACCAUCGGAAAAUUAACAGCCGAAUUAGCUGAAAUGAAAAUUCAGCUAGCAAACAUCGCCACAGCUCAACCACAAACUAAUACAUACCGUCGUAACCGCAGCACCUCAAGAAGGAAGACCAUUCCAUAG